AUGUGGACGGCUGACUGGUGGUGCGACAAGCAAAAACUGUUGCCGAAAGGUGCAACAAUCGCACCCAUAAUUCUUGCUUCCGACAAAACUUGUCUGUCGCAAUUUCGAGGCGAUAAAUCGGCGUGGCCCGUGUACCUAACCAUUGGAAACAUUGCGAAAGAGAAGAGGCAGCAAACAUCAGUGCGAGCAACGGUCCUUAUAGGAUACUUACCUGCUGGAAAACUUGAUUGCUUUACUUCUGAUGCGCGCUCCCUUGCUGGUUACAGGCUUUUCCACCACUGCAUGUCCUUGCUCCUCGAACCCCUCGUUGCUGCCGGUCGAAAUGGUGUUGAGAUGGUCUGUGUGGACUCGUUAAUCCGUCGAGUCUUCCCCAUCCUUGCUGCUUAUGUGGCCGAUUUCCCAGAACAAUGUCUUGUUGCAUGCUGUAAAGAAAAUCGGUGUCCGAAGUGUUUGGUCGCCGCCGAUGAACGAGGGGAUCCGUUGACUUCGCAGAUGCGGGACCCUGAGGUGACAAAAGAUAUAUUAGAGAAGCGGAAGAAUGGUCAGCAUCCAAUUCAAUUCGACGACAAUGGUGUAGGACACGAGCUGGUGCUGGGCUUGUAUCGAGCUAUUUUACAGUAUACGUCAAAUACCCAUCACAUGCUAAAUCACUUCCCGAUGUUAUCCGACGCUAACCCGCCAACCCGAUGUUUUCCCGCGCACUUGUCCUAUCCGUGUCCCGUCCUGUCUUGCUAG